GAGCCUAGUCCCGGGCAUACCCACUACACGGGAGGCCGGGAGUGUGUCCACCUGGUCCCGAGCCCGUGCCGCCUUCAGACCCCGCAAGCGGAGUAGCCUGAUCUCCGUGCACCAGCAAGAGCCUGGUCCAGGCGCUGCCACCCUCACCAUGGCCGCCCCAGACUUGUCCACCAACCUCCAGGAAGAGGCCACCUGCGCCAUCUGCCUCGAUUACUUCACCGACCCGGUGAUGACCGACUGCGGUCACAACUUCUGCCGCGAGUGCAUCCGACGUUGCUGGGGCCAGCCCGAGGGCCCGUAUGCGUGUCCCGAGUGCCGCGAGCUGUCGGCGCAGAGGAACCUGCGACCCAACCGCCCGCUCGCCAAAAUGGCAGAAAUGGCCCGGCGCCUGCACCCGCCGUCGCCCGUCCCGCAGGGCGUGUGCGCGGCGCACCGCGAGCCGCUGGCCACCUUCUGCGGCGACGACCUCUGCCUGCUGUGUCCCACCUGCGAGCGCUCAGAGCACUGGGCUCACCGAGUACGACCGCUGCAGGACGCGGCCGAAGACCUCAAGGUGCGUUCCGCCGGGUGCAGCCGGUCCGUGCCUGAAGCGAAGGGAAGUCCCGUCACUGCCCCGCUUUGGGGGAGGCUGGAGAAGUCACUGGAACACCUGCGGAAACAAAUGGAGGAUGCGAUGCUGUUCCAAGCCCAGGCUGAGGAAACCUGUGCCUUGUGGCAGAAGAUGGUGGAGAGCCAGCGGCAGAAUGUGCUGGGCGAGUUUGAGAGGCUGCGCCGCCUGUUGGCAGAGGAGGAGCAGCAACUGCUGCAGAAGCUGGAGGAAGAGGAGCUGGAGGUCCUGCCACGGCUGCGCGAAGGUGCCACGAGACUUGGCCAGCAAAGCUCUCAGCUGGCAGCCCUCAUCUCAGAGCUUGAGAACCGCUGCCAGCUGCCAGCGCUGGGAUUAUUGCAGGACAUUAAGGACGCCCUAUGCAGGGUGCAGGAUGUGAAGCUGCAGCCUCCAGAGGUGGUGCCCAUGGAGCUGAGGACCGUGUGCCGAGUCCCAGGGCUGGUGGAGAUCCUGCGGAGGUUCCGAGGGGACAUAACUCUGGACCCAGACACUGCCAACCCGGAGCUGGUCUUAUCUGAGGACCGGAGGAGUGUGCAGCGAGGUGACCAGCGGCAGGCCCUGCCUGACAGCCCAGAGCGGUUUGACCCAGGCCCCUGCGUGCUAGGCCAGGAACGCAUUACUUCUGGCCGCCAUUACUGGGAGGUAGAAGUUGGGGACCGUACCAGCUGGGCGCUUGGUGUAUGUAAAGAAAAUGUCAACAGGAAGGAGAAGGGGGAGCUGUCAGUUGGCAACGGGUUCUGGAUUCUGGUGUUCCUGGGGAGUUUCUAUAAUUCUACCGAGCGGGCCUUCUCCCCGCUACGGGACCCUCCCAAGCGCGUGGGGAUCUUUCUGGACUAUGAAGCUGGUCAUCUCUCCUUCUACAGUGCCACAGAUGGGUCGCUGCUGUUUAUUUUCCCUGAGACCCCCUUCUCAGGUACACUCCGGCCCCUCUUCUCACCUUUGUCUAGUAGCCCGACCCCUAUGACCAUCUGCAGGCUGAUCGGUGUGCCUGGGGACACCCUUGGUCCCCAGUGACCCAGACAGUCUAGAGAAGUCCCUUCACCUCUCCUGGUCCCUUGCUCUGACCAUGCAGAGGCCCAAGAGGCAGACGAUGUCCUGUGAGUAUUAGGAGACGCACACAGUGCCUUUCUAACCACACGUGGGGAUCACAAGUCCUCCGUCUCAGAGACAGGAUGAGUGGGAGUACGCUGGGCUGGGCUCUGUCCUCAGGGUGGGGAUCCUCUCUGCCACUGAUGGCACUUAGUGCCAAAAGCCCUCACCAAAUCACUAAGUCCCAUGUGUCACCAGCACCUCUGACUUGAGGUUCCAGUGAUGUGAUGGGCUUUUCCAGAAGUAAUCCAGGCCUGUCCACACUGCUGUGCCAAAAAGCAUGCCACGCCAUCCCCGAAAUGAACUAGGUAAGGUUAGGUAGGGAGCCAGCUUCAAGCCCACCAGUGCUCAGGAUUUGAUCCAGUAAAUGCAAGUGUUGCUCAGAGUCCUUAGCAUAGUAGGUGUGGCCACAGGGAAGGAUGAGUAGGCAGCAGCCUGGCCCCAGAGAUGGAAGUCUGCUGGGGGCGGAUCCUAAAGGAUUCAUCUUUGUAUUUAGCACAGAAGGGGCCCAGAAGUGGAACUCAGAAACAACACUUGAAUACACCCUUCUGUUCUGAGACUUGUCUGGUUUUGCCUUCAGAGGGGCUUCCCUGGCGUCUGGCUAGUUUUGGUACACUGCCCGCAGCUGCCUGCCUUGCAGAGUAAGCCGCACAGUCCCUUCCCGAGUGCAUAGGAGCCAGCAGUGGCUGUUUGUAUUGCACUUCUGGGAGUUUUAGCUUUUAUUUAUUGAAAGGGAAACAUUAAAUAAACGGUCAUCUGGAA